AUGAGGGGUGUCCACUGCAGGAGGGUCCCCUGGGUGUUCCUGAGCUGCUUGUGUUCCUGCAUCCUUGGGCCAGUGCUCCUGGGAACAAUCGUAACCUCACAGAAGACAGACAGUGGGAGAAGCACAGCAACAUCACUACCCUCAACAACCUCCCAGACCUUUACCACUCCCACUGCUGGCACUUCCAGAGGCACCUGUUCAACAGCUGCCCCAGUCCCUAUCAAGCCCGAGAAAGGCGUUUCCCUCUUCCCCUAUGGGCUGUGUGCUGGAGACCAGGAGUUUGUCAAGAGGACUGUGGACUUCACCUCGCCACUCUUCAAACCCCAGAUUGGCUUCCCCCUCGGCUCCUCUCUCCGGGAUUCCCUCUAUUUCACAGAUAAUGGCCAAAUCAUUUUUCCGGAGUCAGAGUACCAGAUUUUCUCCUACCCCAACCCUCCCCCUAGCGGCUUUACAGCCUGGGAUCCUGUGGCCCUGGUGGCUCCAUUCUGGGACGAUGCUGAUUUCUCCAGCAGCCAGGGAACCAUAUUUUACCAGGAAUACGAGACUCUCUAUGAUGAAUACAACCUGCUAGUGAGGGAGGUGGAGUCUUGGAUUAAAAGGUUAACAAACACCUGGAACUACAAAGCCAGGUGGACGCUAAAGGUCACGUGGGUCCACGUCCCCGCCUAUCCUGCCUGGGGGACAAUCGGGACCAACACCUACCAGGCCAUCCUUUCCACAGACGGGAGCAGGUCCUACGCCAUGUUUCUCUACCAAAGCGGCGGUAUGCAGUGGGAUGUGACCCAGCGCCCAGGCAACCCUGUCCUGAUGGGCUUCUCCAGUGGAGAUGGGUAUUUCAAAAAUAGCCCAUUGACAUUCCAGCCAGUGUGGAAGAAGUAUCGUCCAGACCAAUUCCUGGAUUCCAACUCAGGCUUCCGAGGGCUGCAAAUCUACAAGCUACACAAGGAAGAAAAGCGCAACUACCGUCUCCAGUGCCUGCAGUGGUUGAAGAGAGAGUCUCAGUGGCCCAGCUGGGGCUGGAACCAGAUCUCCUGCCCGUGUUCCUGGAGGCAGGGACUAUGGGACUUGAGAUUCCAGCCCAUCAACAUAGCCUGGUCGGGCCUUGGCAGCAGGCAGCUGUGCAGCUUCUCCUCCUGGAGAGGGGGCGUGUGCUGCAGCUACGGACCCUGGGGAGAGCUUCUCCAAGGCUGGAGAGUGCAGAGUCCUUGGCAGUUUGACCAAGAACUGGAGCCGCAGAAUUGGUGUUGCCGUUUCAACGAUAAGCCCUCCUUCUGCACCCUGUACCUGCUCAGGAGGCCCCGCGUCAGCUGCGCUGGGUACCAGCCCCCGAGGCCAGCCUGGAUGUUUGGGGACCCCCACAUCACCACGUUGGAUGGUGCCAAUUACACCUUCAAUGGGCUGGGAGACUUCCUGCUGGUCCGGACCCAGGAUAGAAACUCCUCCUUCCUGCUGCAGGGCCGCACUGCCCAGACCGGCUCGGCCCAGGCCACCAACUUCAUUGCCUUUGCCGCUGAAUACAGCUCCAGCAGCCUGGACCCCAUCACGGUUCAAUGGCUCCUUGCGCCCAGUGACACAAUCCACGUUCGGCUCAACAACCAGACUGUAACAUUUGACACUAACCGUGAAGGUGCAAAAGGCCAGGAGAUGUUCAACACCUCUGGAGUUGUAAUGACCCGCAAUGGCUCCACGGUAUCAGCCAACUUUGAUGGGGCAGUGACCAUCUCAGUGAUCGCUAUCUCCAACAUCCUCCAUGCGUCCUGCAGCCUCCCGGAGGAGUAUCAGAACCACACAGAGGGCCUCAUGGGCUUCUGGAACGGCAACCCAGAUGACGACUUCAGGAUGCCCAAUGGCUCCACCCUUCCCCCAGGGAGCUCCGAGGAGAUGCUUUUUCACUAUGGAAUGGCCUGGGAAAUCAACGGAACAAGCCUUUUUGGCAAGAGGAACGACCAUUUGCCGUCCAACUUCACCCCUGUCUUCCUUUCACAACUGUCGGGAAACAAAUCUUUGAAUGAAAAUUUGACCUCCCAGUGUAAUGGAGAUACAUACUGCAUCUAUGAUGCCCUGGCCACAGGAAACAAAAGCCUUGGGCUGUCCACUGAGAUGCUCUCUAGAAGAUACCAGCUGAUGAACACCACCCUGAAUCAUUACCCCCCGUCUAUUGAGGGUCCUGAUGUGAUGGAAGCCUACAUGGGACAGGCCAAGGUGGUUAAUUACACCAGCAGCACUAAGGACGUCACAUUCACUCUCAGAAACAACUACACUGACUUCAAGCUCUUUGAGAAUGGGACAUUGCUAUGGACACCAAAGUUGCUGGGACCACUUACUCUGGAGAUUCUAGCAAGAAGUGCCGAGGACAACUUGUCGUCUGUACUCAAGCCAAGGACAGUGGUCUGUGCGUGCAAGGCAGAGAGCCAGUGUUUAUACAACCAGACCAGCUGGGUGGGUGAUUCCUCCCUGGAGGUGGCCGACUGCAAGUGUGACGAGAACACCACAGGCCGCUACUGCAACCGCACCAAGGACCCCUGUGAAGAGCAGUGCUUCCCGAGUGUGAAGUGCAUUUCCGGGAAGGGCUGCGAGCCCUGCCCCCCGCACCUGACUGGGGAUGGACGUCACUGUGCACCUCUGGAGAACCUCUUCCUCUGUCAGAACAAGUCCUGCCCUGAGAAUUACUGCUACAACAACGGCCACUGCUACCUCUCCCAGGCUCAGGCCUGCCAGCCUGCCUGCACCUGCCCCCCAGCCUUCACCGACACCCGCUGCUUCCUGGCUGGGAACAAUUUCACUCCAACAGUCCAUCUAGAGCUUCCCUUAAGGAUCAUCCAUCUCUCACUCAUGGAAGACGAAGGUGCCUCCCAAGCAGAUGUCAAUGCCUCGGUGGCCUAUAGACUGAGGAACCUGGAUGUGCGGGCCUUUCUCUGGAACAGACGAGUGGAUCGAAUUGGACCCCCAAUAGCACUGGCCUCAGGAAGCUCCCUUCACCGUUGGAGCAUCAUCUCGGAGUUCCAGUACCGCCCUGGGGGCCCUGUCAUCAACUUCCUGAAUACCCAGCUGCUAGAUGCAGUGGUGGAGGCGUUCUUAACUCCGUGGAGGAGGUGGAAGAGAAGUGCGGGGCCCAGGAACAACGUGACCUUCCACCCCAUCUACAGGAGGGACGUGUACAGUAUUAUGGCUCUGAAUGUGAGCACGCUGGAAACUUACUUCCAAUGCAGCGGAUACAAGGGCUACCAUCUGGUCUUCCACCCCCAGAGCGGCUUCACCUGCGUGUCCCCCUGCAGUGAGGGCUACUGUGAGCACGGAGGCCAGUGCCAGCACCUGCCCGAUGGGCCUCGCUGCAGCUGUGAGCCCUUCUCCAUCUACACGCCCUGGGGCAAGCACUGUGAGCACCUGAGUUUGAAACUCGACGCCUUCUUCGGGAUCCUUUUCGGGGCCCUGGGCGCCCUCCUGCUGCUGGGGGUCGUGCUGUUUGUGUUCCUGAGCUUCCGGGGCUGCUGCGGGAGCCGUUUCUCCUACCCGCUGGGCUCGGAAAGCUGAGGCUUUGCCCCGAACGGGCUGCGGUGGCCUAUGAUACCUCAGGAGCUACCCCAGCCUCACCUGCACACACUUCCAUGCGUCGUGGUUUAGGGAGCCUGGAAAAAGUAAGGUGACUGAUGCGGAUUCAGGAUUCUUUAAGAAGAAUGAAUAAUGGGAAUGAAUAAUAAAGACCACACCUUGUCAGAACAGGAGACACAGAGGCUGAAAGGAAGAGGCCAUAAAGGCCUACUAUAUAAAUAGAUGGAUUCUCACACAGACAUACCCACACAGAGGACACUGACCUACAGAAACACUACGUGCACACACCAGCGUUGAUGGGGUGAUGGCUUUAAAUUAAAAACCAAAAUACAUUUGCACACAAAAGUCUCCAGUUUACUUCUAAUUAAAGUUUAUUUAAAUAAAAUCCCUCUGACUUUUUGUGUUCCCAAAGCCAUGGAUUUCAUUCAUGAUUUUCCUCUGGUGGCUAAAGGGC